AAAGUCUGGUCGGUGGUCGUCAAUCAUCAAAAGGGAAAGUCAAGUUCUGCAGUUUGAGAUGACUUUUGGUGUUUUGGGGUUGUUUGCUCUAAUGAGAUUUUGAGCACCGAACCCUGUAUCUCCUUUCAGAUUUCAGGUCUGAUGAUUUCCCAUCUCUUGCUCAUUUCUCUCGUCUCGAUCACAUUUCCUUUCUUGCUGCUGUUGCUCCUCUUCCUUCCCCCAUGGUAACAGAACUGUACCCACCAGAGAUCAGAGAACACAAAGGAACACCAACACGAUCAAACCAAAAGACAAAACCUUUAAGAGAAUACACUCAACAUGGAGUCAAAUCCAGGGAAGCCCAAUAAGAAUCGGAAAAAUUCAAGAACAGGGUCGAAAACCCAGUUGAAGAAAGAUCGAUCGGAGGAGGAAGAAGGAAAGGGAAAAGGGAGAUGGGGAUAAGAGAGAAGGGAGGAAGAAUCGGAUGGCACCAAGCAUUACUCUUUUCUACUUUGUCGGUGGAGAAGGGAACUUGCAUAAAAUCAUGACUUGGUCUCCCCGUUCCUCACCAGUUGUAGCAUUCCCUCAAUAUUGGUGUCCACACCCGAUGGAUUGUUUGAAGUUCUAUAGCAGCAAAGCACGAUGAGAUGGGGAUUGGGAAUCAAGACAAAGUCAGUCUAAAGCAUGUCAGGGACCAACUUUCUAUAGAUAAACAGAACAAGGGCAGAGGAUUAAUCCAGAAGGGAUGAUGGUUUUGUCUCCAUUAUAAGGUGUACAAUUCUAACACAUUAAUGAUUUUGAUCUCCUUUUGCUUUAGUUGACCAUUAUUUUUUUCAUUUUGAGAUUAUCGACUUUGCACACCAAAUGUUUGUUAAAAUGUCUGUGUGGGGUUAUGCUAUUGUGUUUGAAAGGAUGAUUAAUUCUGUAUGGCUGGUCGUAUGUUGAGUCAUUCAAGUGCCUUGAUUGGGUCCCAACUGAAUUAGUGAAAGAUAGGUGAAAGUAUAAUUGUCAAGUUCAGGGGUUUUUGGUUGUUAGGUAAUGGUCUUUAUAUAGAGUUUUUAUGCUUUUCAAAAUAAACUUUUAGCUUACUAAUUAUGCACUCAAAAUCAUGUUUGGAUUUGUGGCAAUGAAAUAUUAUGGAUUCAUUUUCAUUUGGUUUGUGACUUUGUGUGCUGCCUGAACUAAUUUUAGGCACCUUGGUUGAAUCCAUACUGAUUGGGUCUUGCAUUUACUCAUCCAUGUGUAUUUGUGCUCAGUGUUACCUAUGACUUAAUCUCAUUCAUGGUCUAGAGUUGAGUUAAGUAACUAUUAAUUUUAUAAGUCCUGGAGUGGUCUGAAGGGCAGAAUUGAUUUGUGGAAAGGUUUUAUGUCUAUCACCAACUAUUUUAGUUUUGGGUUUUUUCCAAUAAGGUUGACUGUUUAUG